AUGCCGCGACGUCCGCCAGCUGUAGACGAUUAUGCGUCUGCGGUCAUCCUCGCCUCCUCCGAUGCUGAGUUCCUUGACCAGUUGAUCCCCGUUCUGAAAGAUGCCACGCACUCGAACCGAACACCCCUCUUGACCCAGUGUCUAGGUCGAUACUACGAAGAUAGAGAAGCUGAGAUCGAGCGCAUUGGUCUGACCCGCCACGAGGAGUUUCUUGAUUCCAUCAACCAUUUACAAAACGUCCGCGCCGAAACGGUUACUUUGACGCAAGAAAUCUUGAGUCUAAACGAAUCGAUCGCUACUAGCACUAAGAAGUUGGCUGCGCAAAAGGAGGCUCUGGUCAACACCUCAGCUGUGCGACAGAACAUCGCCGAUGCUACCAGUGCUCUGAACGACUCUCUCACUAUCCUUCGCGCCGUCAACAAUGCGCACGAUCUUGUGCGUCGCAAGAAAUAUUAUGCCGCUCUUAAAUCUCUCGACGAUCUUCAGAAUGAACAUCUUGUUCCCAUUAUCCAGAACCGCUAUUCCACGCAGCAUCGGCUGGCCGAUGUCAUACAAAAAUCUAUACCCGCGUCCCAGAAGGCUAUCUCGGAAGCCGUCAUGACAGAUUUAAAUACGUGGCUGUUCCGUAUUCGAGAAACAUCCCAAUUCCUCGGCGAGGUCGCAUUCUAUCAUACUGAAAUGAGGAGAACGCGACAAAAGAAGAGAGUCGAAGACGACCCAUUUUUGGCCAAUUUCAAGCUGAACUCAGCCAUUGAGCUGGUCAGUGAUGAAAAUGAGGAUUUCGACGUAUUGAACAACGAGGAAUUACAAGUGGACUUUUCUCCAUUACUAGAAGCACUCCAUAUCCAUGAAGCCUUGGGCCAGCUUGAUAAGUUCCGAUCGGAAUAUGGUGCCACACGACGUCAACAAAAGGAUCUCCUCCUCCCCCAAUCCAUCGAGCUUUUGGCCGACGACGAGCAGUCUUUGAGUAGUCUUCUAGAAGGAAUAGCAGGAUUUGCCAUUAUUGAAAAGGCGACGAUGCAGCGCAUUCCACAUCUGCGCUCAGCAAAUGAUGUAGAAGAGCUAUGGGAUUCUAUGUGUACAGCUGUGAUAAACCUCACUUCGAAAGGGUUGAGUAAUGUUGAGGAUGCCGAGGCCUUGAUCAAAAUUAAGACGAUCAUCGCUCUCUUCAUCCAGACAAUGGAGGGCUGGGGAUAUGCAGUGGCAGCGUUGGAUAACUUCCUUCUCAAGCUGUUUGACAAGUAUGCAGAGCUUCUGAAGAAACGAUUUAGCGAAGACUUCCAAGAGAUAGUAUCGACGGAUGACUACAUGCCGAUGGCCAUCAAUAAUCCUGAGGAGUACGAAAAGGUGGUCAACGUCAGUUGGUUCUCACAAGAAAAGCCAACGGAACAGAUCACGUACCCUUGUGUACUCCCAUUCUCUCAGAUGUAUCCUCUGUGUUGCAUAGACAUCCGCAACUUCUUAAACCAGUUCUACUUCUUCUCCGACGACCAUUUCCAACACCCUACAGUUAUUGACGAAACACUCAGAAAGUCUCUGGACGAACUUCUUACAGAAAAGGUCUGCAAGUCGCUCGUAGAGCGUCUAAGCUCCCAGUAUCUGGGCCAGAUCGUCCAAAUUCUCAUCAACCUCGAGCAUUUCGAAAUCGCUUGUCGAGAGCUCGAGCAACUACUUAUUCGGGCGCGUUCAUCGACCUCAGCGGGCGGUCCCGUCACACUCAAGGCUACAGACUCGUUCCGUGACAACAAGAAGACAGCUGAAAAGCGAAUCUUCGAACUCGUCAACUCAAAGAUUGACGACUUAAUCGACACAGCAGAAUACGAAUGGACUGCAACAACGGUUGAGAAAGAGCCUAGCAAUUAUAUGCAGACUCUAACACGGUACCUGUCCAACAUCAUGAACUCGACUUUGCUUGGUCUACCUCGUGAGAUCAAGGAGCUUAUUUACUUUGAUGCACUGAGUCACACCGCGGAGAAGAUUAUGGCCCUCCCUCUUUCGAACGAUGUCAAGCACAUCAACCCUAAUGGCGUGGCAGCACUUGCGCAAGACGUUGACUACCUUGUACAAUUUGUCAGCAGUCUAGAGAACGGCCAGAUGCUUCGAGAGAACCUCGAUGAGCUGUCGCAGACCAUUGCCCUUCUACAGACGGACAAUCAGGACGAGUUCUUCGACAUAUCUACACGCAACAAGAAAUACGGACGUGUAGACGCCCUCCACGGACCAAUGUUGCUGGAAAAAUUAACACCCGUUACGGCGAGCCCCGUUAGAAGCGCACCGCUCGCUGGUUUCUCAUCACGAUUUGGCAUCGGCCGAUAA